AGGUUCGUUCCCAGGGCAACCGCAAGCCCAACCUACCUCCAUAGUAGAAUUACCUGAAUUCUCCUCACGUGACCUACCCCUAGGUCUUCCGACCAAUCAGAAGACAGGACAGGUGCGCUCAUGGUAGUUUCGGAGGUGGAAUCUCAGGUACUCUUGUAAACUGCGACGACUCUAUAAAGUCUUUCACGUAAGUUCAAAUUUUGCGUGGCAUAUUCAGAACCUCCUCCAGGUGAUGUUGGGCAAAGGAUAAUGUUACGUUUUCUCACAGACUAGGAUAUCUAUUCAGUCGAGUUAUGCGCAAAACUGCGUCUCAGUUAUUGAAGUCUUCGGGUACGCGGUAGUGAAAGAUGAUUUUCACGCACCGUGAUUUCUUCUGAGGAUCCAGCGUCUCUGUUGUCUCAGCACACCUUUCAUUUAGAGGAACCUCGGGCUGCGUUUAUCUUGUUCUCAUCAUUUUGUGCAGUUUUAACAAUGACUGAGAAAACAGCUCCCUGGUGGAGGUCUUUCGUGGGCAAGAGGAGAAAGGCAGCCAGAGAAUCGGCGGCGACACUGGAGCAGGACCUCCGUAAUCAGGUUUCAGCAGGGUCCACACAGUAUCCCGCUGAGCCGGACCAACGGGUCACUUCACCGACACGUCCAGCGAAAGAAGAGGGCAGCUACUUACCGAGCGACGAAACAUAUGACGACUCCGCUGUUCAGCCAACAUUCAACGAGAGCUCCAAUCGCCGCAAUCUCACCGUUUCCCGCUCCGGACGCUUCAAGGUGAAACAGAAGACGCGCGUCAGUCUUCCACAGAACCACGGAGAUGAUGGGAAAUCAGCCGACGUCCAGUCAACGCGCUGAUUGACACCGCGGUUUGGUAGAGCACUAAAUACGGCACUACCUCCAUUCUGACACUGUUGAACUCAAUUUGAUGCACUCAUGAAUGCACUUGUAUGAAGUUAGUAGGAUAGCCUUUUGUAGUAAGUUAUCCAUAUCACAGAAGAUUUAUUUUCCAAUGCUGGAAAUAAUGACAUUUCCCUUCUGGAAAA